GGGGCUCCUGGGCCUGUGCGCCCCUCGCCCCCGCCCGGGCUCUCCCCGGCCCCGGCCGCUGCCCCCACCCCCUCGGCCUUCCCCUCCCCUUCCCCUGCCGGUCCCUCCUCCCCGCCGGCGCCGGCCGUGCCCGCCUCGCUCCCCGCCCCGGCCGAGGGGCGGCUGCCGCUGCUGGCUGCCGGCGGCGGCUCCGGGAAAAUGUCCGAGCGCGGCGGCUUCUACCGGCAGGAGCUGAACAAGACGGUGUGGGAGGUGCCGCAGCGCUACCAGAACCUCACCCCCGUCGGCUCCGGCGCCUACGGCUCCGUCUGUUCAGCUUAUGAUACCAAAACAAGACAGAAGGUGGCAGUAAAAAAGCUUUCGAGACCUUUCCAAUCACUUAUUCAUGCGAGGAGGACCUACCGGGAGCUUAGGUUGCUUAAGCACAUGAAGCAUGAGAAUGUUAUAGGAUUGCUAGACGUUUUUACACCUGCAACGUCAAUAGAAAAUUUUAAUGAAGUGUAUCUUGUGACAAAUUUAAUGGGUGCUGACCUGAAUAACAUUGUGAAGUGUCAGAAAUUAACAGAUGACCAUAUACAGUUUCUCAUCUAUCAGUUACUUCGAGGUCUUAAGUAUAUUCACUCAGCUGGAAUCAUCCACCGGGACCUGAAGCCCAGUAACCUAGCCGUAAAUGAAGACUGUGAAUUGAGGAUUUUAGACUUUGGUUUAGCUCGACAAACUGAUGAUGAAAUGACCGGAUAUGUUGCAACAAGAUGGUACAGAGCUCCAGAAAUUAUGUUAAACUGGAUGCACUACAAUCAAACAGUUGACAUCUGGUCGGUUGGAUGCAUCAUGGCAGAGCUAUUGAAAGGGAAGGCCCUAUUUCCAGGAAAUGAUUAUAUCGAUCAACUAAAGAGAAUAAUGGAAGUUGUGGGCACACCCAGUUCUGAGCUUCUGAAGAAGAUAUCAUCAGAACAUGCAAGAAAAUACAUUGAAUCUCUUCCACAUAUGCCUCAACAGGAUUUGAAAGCAGUAUUUCGUGGUGCCAAUCCAUUAGCUGUAGAUCUUCUUGAGAAGAUGCUUAUAUUAGACAGCGAUAAAAGAAUUACUGCCUCAGAAGCACUUGCACAUCCAUACUUUGUACAGUAUCAUGAUCCAGAUGAUGAACCUGAAGCUGAGCUGUACGAUGAGACAAUAGAGAAUAAGGAGCGAACCAUAGAUGAAUGGAAAGAACUUACCUAUGAAGAAGUGAUUAGCUUUAAACCCCCCGACUUAAAAAUGGAUAGUCUGGAGAUAGAACAGUGAAUACAGGCAGCUCUCUCUUGCCUUGCUGCACUAAGAAGACUGUUAAAAUAUAACCAUACAAUUUAACCUGUGGUCAGAUGUAGAUCUUACUAUCCAAAGAUGUUGGAGAAGAUGUGGAAAAGCAGAGGCAUUAUACAGAAGCCAGAUGUUGUCUGUUUUGGGUGGGGUGGUUUUUGCCUUGUAAUAUGAAUGUAUACCCAACUCACAAAGGGUGAUAAAGAACUGCUUCAUUCUGACAAAAUUAUGCACUGAGUUCUGUCAAGCUGUGUGUUCUGCAUGUUUCAUUUUAUCGGUUGUAUUACCAAAAUAAAAGUGACUUUUUAAAUUAAUUUUAAAAUUGUACAUUUAAAGCAUGAAUGUAUACAAACAUAAACAUAGAAGUCCAUACAAGCAGUCCAUUUUUUUUUCUAGCAUUUUAUCUGUCCAUUUUUGAAUUAUUUAUAGUUAGUGCCUUUAUGAAGAGAGGGCAUGGUAGUGAGAUAGACAGAAUAUGCAUAUGUAGUCAUAUCUGUGAUGGUCUUACAAAUUUACUGGAUGUCUCUCAAGCGAUUUUAACACCAGAUGAAAGUCAGUAAAAAUAAAUCUUUGUCUUCUGUUGCCA